AUGUCUGACAUGAUACAGGCUGCCAGAAAUGUCGCCGAGACGUCUGACCGUAAUGCUCUUGAGAAAGAAGAAGAAGCCGUUGAAGUUGCCUCACAGUGGGCGCAGGAGAAGCUUGAGAACUUCCUGAACACUGUUGAAAGCAAUGGUAAUGAUCACAAGCUACUCAAGAUAAGCUAUAUCAUCAGUCGCCGCACUUCUAUCGAUGUCUUCACUGGCAAGAGCUCAGACAUUGGAAAAUUCGCUAAGGAUCUUAUUGGAAAGCUUGCUGACGGUAAAGUCAUGGAGGGCCUUGGUGACUUGGCUGGCACGUUGUUGAACAAGCUGUUUGGAUCUGCGUCUGGUUCAGCCCAGACGGAAAGGAUAUAUGAAGUUACGUUCGAUGAGCUCGGUGGACUCAAUCGACUUGACGCAUAUUUCUUUUGCUAUCGCUUUGCAUCAAGUGGCAUCACCAACUUCAGCAAAGCCGUCAUAGGAACAUGCAUCGUUCGUUCUGCUGCCACCAUGGUGGAUGACAACGCCUACCGCGUGGUUCUCACUAGUUCUGCCACCCUUGCAGACGCUCAGCGUGCUGCUAUUGGCGAUCAUAUGAUCCAGGUAGCCAAGCAUCAGAAGCAAGUCUUGGACGAGCAUGGCAACCAUGAAGCCGCUGAUCCUACACUUCUUGAAGCCCGAGCGAAGCUAGCCCAGGUUAUCGGACUGGGUGUAGCUACUUCGGAGCAGUUCAUCCAACGCAGGUCGACAGCCAAGACCUUCAGAUCUGGGAACACUGAAAAGAGUGCCGAGUCACAGGUGGAGGACCUUGUCAGAAAGACGGAUACACUCCUUAGCAAUCAACCCCAGGUUGCGCAGAUUGAGGCUUGA